UAAUUUAUCUUUCUUCAAAUCAACCAUUCAAUCAUUUCAAGUAGAGAUCGGUUCAUCACGAACACAAUACAGACUCUCUCUCUCAUCAUCGACAUCUCUCAAAAUCCCCAACUCUCUUCUCUGUCGUUUCUAAUAAAUCUUUCUCUCUUCGAAUCGGCUAAGAAUUAGGGAGAGACAAGGCCUUGCCAGAGAUCGUUUGAACAGUGUGAAUGCUGCGAAGUUGACAUUAGUGGCUCAAAAUUAAAUAUUGCUGAAUCAAUUCAGCAGCCGGUGCUUGCAUAAGGAUUUCAUUGUUCCUGUGGUUAUGGCUACCAAUGAAAAUCUUCCCCCAAAUGUAAUUAGGCAACUUGCAAAGGAAUUGAAAAAUCUUGACGAGUCCCCUCCUGAGGGUAUUAAAGUUGGGGUGAAUGAUGAUGAUUUUUCAACUAUAUUUGCUGACAUUGAAGGCCCAGCUGGAACUCCAUACGAGAACGGUGUUUUCCGAAUGAAGUUGGUGUUAUCUCAUGACUUUCCACAUUCUCCUCCCAAAGGUUACUUUCUAACAAAGAUUUUCCACCCAAACAUUGCAAAUAAUGGUGAGAUUUGUGUGAACACACUGAAGAAAGAUUGGAAUCCAAGCCUUGGAUUGCGACAUGUUCUUAUUGUAGUUAGAUGUUUGUUGAUUGAGCCUUUUCCGGAAUCAGCAUUGAAUGAGCAGGCUGGGAAGAUGCUUCUUGAAAAUUAUGACGAGUAUGCCAGACUUGCUAGGCUUUAUACUGGAAUUCAUGCUAAGCCAAAACCCAAGUUUAAAACGGGAGCUAUUUCGGAGUCCACAACCGCACUUAACGUUGACCAAACAAAUGCGUCAAUGCUUAAUGCGGACCAGAAAACUACAACAGCUAAUGCUGCGCCAUUGCCAUCCCCACUGGCCUCUUCUACAACUACAACGGCUGCCAGAGCAACUGGUUUGGAUCAGGCCACCACCACUGUUCCCCUAGCGGAGACAGGAGUUGGUGGGUCUACUACAGCUGCUGCUCCAGUUAUUACCCAGAAAAAGGAAGGUGCAUUGUCUAAAGCCCAGGCUGAAAAGAAGAAAAUAGAUGCAAGGAAGAAAAGUUUAAAAAGAUUAUAAGGUUAUUUCUCCUGAGAUGUGUUUGUGGCUCAUUUUGGAGGGGGCAGAAAAAUUCACUGUUGAAAGAGUGGGGAGGGUAUGAAAAUGUAUGAUAUGCUGCUGCUGCUGUAAGGGAUAUUUCCAUUUUGGGGAAAAUUACGGAUCAAAGAAUUUACCAGCUUCUUCUCAGUGUUGAAACAUAUUUUUGCCCCUAAUAAGAAACUGGGAAAGUCUUGUGCUGA